AUGAGAGAUUCAUUGGAAUAAACCACCCAUGCUGCUUGUUCUUUCUCAUCUUUCUCCCCAAAGAAAGACACGAGAUCUUCAACGGCAAUGUCACAGAUUGUGAAGAUUGUAAAGAUGCUUGUCCAGUUUCAUCCAUUAUUGACAGUAACCAGUCUCAUAUGUCGGGUGAUACUCCUACAAGAUUGGAUUGAAGAGGAGGUGGGCAAUCAAUGGAAAGCUCUCAAGGUGUAUUGCCAAUCAACAAUGAGAUCUUUGUUGGAUCCGAUUACUGAGAAAAUGAAGAAUCUAUCAAAAGCCCUCCAGAUGCAUCUUAAUCAUGAAGCAGAAAAGGGUCAACCAAAGACCAAACUAAUAGGUAAACUUGUCUUGUUUUCUGCCACAUUUCUUCUACUGGAUACAGAAGUAAGUUCCAAAUACGAUAAAAGAGGGAUCAAAACAUGGUUAUUGUUGCUUAUUGGAACUGAGCUACUAAUAUUUUCGGAGUUUUGGAGUCAACUUGGAAUUCUUCGUGGAAGGUGCGGCUGUGUGGCAAAUUCAACAUCAAACUUCACUUUCUUUAUUCUAGCAAUUGUUUUUGCAAAAUCUUACUAUAAUUCCUUGAGGAGCCUUAGUUUCAUGUUUUUCUUUGCAAUUUAUUUACUAUGUCUACUGGUGGUAUUACGACCACGAACAGACCUUGGAUUGUUUAGUUUCAUCAUUGGAGUCAUUGGAUCCAUUAGUUACAAUCACUUCCAAUUCACGUCUCCCACAUGGAUAAUUGCCUCCAUCUGCUUUGUAUUGUUCAGUUUCAAGAGCUGGUUAGAUAAGUACUGGUUGGAUUUGGAACAAGAUCAGCCACUGAGCUCUACAAAUACCACAGUUAGAAGCACCAACAUAUUUUUUAUUCUGUUAACAGCUACUAUACGAAUCGCAGGAGUCGUGUUUCAAUUUUCUGUUGUCAAAUCUCCCUUGUUCAAUUAUAAAGUAUUGUUAGGUAGGGCAAUCGGGACCAUGACAUGGACUAUCCGCUUUUAUAAGUUCUAUCCCAAAGAUACCUCACUACCCUCUACAAAUACCAAAGGAGCCAGUGGUUUGAUUUUGACCAUUGUAAAUAUUGCACAAGGUAUUUUCUUGUUUGGCCUUUCCACAUUUUUUAUGGCAGAUUAUAAAGACUGGUUAUUUGCAAUAAUCAGUUUUGUGGUUUUUUGUUUCUGGUUACGAAGCCUUUUCCCCAAAAAUUUGUCACUACCCUCCACAAAUGCUAAAAGAAUCACCGAUAUGAUUUUGUCUUUGUUAUCUGUUGCCAAAUACGGUAUUAUGGUGUUGGCUGGUUUGGAACCCCACUUGUACUUUAAAGACUGGUUAGCUGUGCCAACUUGUUAUGUGCUUUGGUGGAUUCGGUUACGUAUGUCCUUUCCCAAAGAUUUGCCACAAUUAUCCACCAUAGUUGAAUUUAAAGCUACACAAUGGUGGGCAAUGAUGAUAGGUUCCAUGGUUGUAGAGGUCAUAUAUUGGACGAUGACUAUCUACAACAUGCAUUAACAAAGAAGCUUAGUAAGUACUUGAAUACUUGAAAAUUUUUAUAUUAGUUCUUGUAUUAUUCUCUUUUUCAAGUAUAUGUUUACCAAAAAAAAGUGAAGUAGUGAUGGAGGGUGAGUCCACUUUUGUUGGCCUUUAAUAAAGAUCCUACCCUCCAUCAAUAGUUAAAAAAAAUGCAAUUCAUGCAUGUCAAACUAAAAAAGCAACAUUCUCUAUGUUUAUAUGUCUUGUAUCUAUACUAAAGCCGAUCAAUCAUU